AUCCUGCAGUAGCGGGGAUGGGGUGGGAAUGAGCGAGUGAGGACGCGGGGCUGGGAGCCGACAGAAGCCGCCGCAAGUCCCCCGCUUCGGCCACCGGGGUUGGGGUCUGCUCAGGUCGCCGAAUGGACUAGUGUGGGCCGUGGGCUCCUCUCUGUCUCCGGCUGCCCCCAGCUCAUUUCCCUCCCCUGCCGGGAGAGCCCCUGCAUUCCUCCCCCAAAGGUGGCAUCAGCCGGCUGGAGGCUCCCAGGGGAGAGUCUAAGCCUGGCCCGGCCCUGCCCACCCCACACCAUGACUCUCCUGCUGCUGCCCCUCUUGCUGGCCUCCCUGCUCCCCUCUAGCUCCUGCAACAAAGCCAACAAACACAAGCCAUGGAUAGAGGCGGAAUACCAGGGCAUCGUCAUGGAGAAUGACAACACUGUCCUGCUGAACCCCCCACUGUUUGCCUUGGACAAAGAUGCACCCCUACGCUACGCAGGUGAGAUCUGUGGCUUCCGGCUCCAUGGAUCUGGGGUGCCCUUCGAGGCGGUGAUCCUGGACAAGGCAACGGGAGAAGGGCUGAUCCGGGCCAAGGAGCCUGUGGACUGCGAAGCCCAGAAGGAGCACACCUUCACCAUCCAGGCCUACGACUGUGGAGAGGGCCCCGACGGUGUCAACACCAAGAAGUCCCACAAGGCCACCGUGCAUGUGCGGGUCAACGACGUGAAUGAGUUUGCCCCCGUAUUUGUGGAGCGGCAGUACCGCGCCGCGGUGACAGAGGGGAAGCUGUAUGAUCGCAUCCUGCGGGUGGAAGCCAUUGACGGUGACUGCUCGCCCCAGUACAGCCAGAUCUGCUACUAUGAGAUCCUGACGCCCAACACCCCCUUCCUCAUCGACAACGAUGGGAACAUUGAGAACACGGAGAAGCUGCAGUACAGUGGCGAGAGGCUCUACAAGUUCACGGUGACGGCUUAUGACUGCGGAAAGAAGCGCGCAGCUGACGACGCCGAGGUGGAGAUCCAGGUGAAGCCCACCUGCAAACCCAGCUGGCAAGGCUGGAACAAAAGGAUUGAAUAUGCACCUGGUGCUGGGAGCUUGGCUUUGUUCCCUGGUAUCCGCCUGGAGACCUGUGAUGAGCCUCUGUGGAACAUUCAGGCGACCAUAGAGCUGCAGACCAGCCACGUGGCCAAGGGCUGUGACCGUGACAACUACUCAGAGCGGGCAUUGCGGAAGCUCUGCGGCGCAGCCACAGGAGAGAUAGAUCUGCUGCCCAUGCCCGGCCCUAAUGCCAACUGGACAGCGGGACUCUCUGUGCACUACAGCCAGGACAGCAGCCUCAUCUACUGGUUCAAUGGCACCCAAGCUGUGCAGGUGCCCUUGGGCGGCACAGCCGGGCUGGGCUCGGGGCCCCAGGACAGCCUCAGUGACCAUUUUACCCUGUCCUUCUGGAUGAAGCAUGGUGUGACGCCCAACAAGGGCAAGAAGGAAGAGGAAACCAUUGUGUGUAACACUGUCCAGAACGAGGAUGGCUUCUCCCACUACUCGCUGACUGUCCACGGCUGCAGAAUUGCCUUCCUCUACUGGCCCCUGCUGGAGAGCGCCCGCCCAGUCAAGUUCCUUUGGAAGCUGGAGCAGGUCUGUGAUGACGAGUGGCACCACUAUGCUUUGAACCUGGAGUUCCCCACGGUCACGCUCUACGCUGACGGCAUUUCCUUUGACCCUGCCCUCAUCCAUGACAAUGGUCUCAUCCACCCACCCCGAAGGGAACCUGCUCUCAUGAUUGGGGCCUGCUGGGCUGAAGAGAAGAACAAAGAGAAGGAGAAGGGAGGAGACAACAGCACUGACACCUCACAAGGAGAUCCCUUGCCGAUCCACCACUACUUCCAUGGCUACCUGGCUGGUUUCAGCGUGCGCUCAGGCCGCCUGGAGAGCCGCGAGGUCAUCGAGUGCCUCUAUGCAUGUCGGGAGGGGCUGGACUAUAGGGAUUUCGAGAGCCUGGGCAAAGGCAUGAAGGUCCACGUGAACCCCUCGCAGUCCCUGCUCACCCUGGAGGGGGAUGAUGUGGAGACCUUCAACCAUGCCCUGCAGCAUGUGGCUUACAUGAACACCCUGCGCUUUGCCACGCCUGGCGUCAGACCCCUGCGCCUCACCACUGCCGUCAAGUGCUUCAGCGAAGAAUCCUGUGUCUCCAUCCCUGAAGUGGAGGGCUACGUGGUGGUUCUUCAGCCGGAUGCACCCCAGAUCCUGCUGAGUGGCACUGCUCAUUUUGCCCGUCCAGCUGUGGACUUCGAGGGGCCUGAGGGGGUUCCUUUGUUCCCUGAUCUUCAAAUCACUUGCUCCAUUUCUCACCAGGUGGAGGCCAAAAAGGAUGAGAGUUGGCAGGGUACAGUGACAGACACACGCAUGUCGGACGAGAUCGUGCACAACCUGGACGGCUGCGAGAUCUCUCUGGUGGGGGAUGACCUGGACCCCGAGCGGGAAAGUCUGCUGCUGGACACGGCGUCCUUGCAGCAGCGAGGGCUGGAGCUCACCAACACGUCCGCCUACCUCACCAUUGCUGGGGUGGAGAGCAUCACGGUGUACGAGGAGAUCCUGCGGCAGGCUCGUUAUAGGCUGCGACACGGAGCUGCCAUCUAUGCCCGGAAAUUCCGACUUUCCUGCUCAGAAAUGAACGGCCGUUACUCCAGCAAUGAAUUCAUCGUGGAGGUCAGCGUCCUGCACAGCAUGAACCGGGUGGCCCACCCCAGCCACGUGCUCAACUCCCAGCAGUUCCUGCACCGUGCCCACCAGCCGCCCCCCGAGAUGGCAGGACACAGCCUGGCCAGCUCCCACCGGAACUCCAUGGUCCCCAGCGCGGCGACUCUCAUCAUCGUGGUGUGUGUGGGCUUCCUGGUGCUCAUGGUCAUCCUGGGCCUGGUGCGCAUCCACUCCCUUCACCGCCGCGUGGCGGGGGCCGGCGGGCCCCCAGGGGUGUCCAGCGACCCCAAGGACCCUGACCUCUUCUGGGAUGACUCCGCUCUCACCAUUAUUGUGAACCCCAUGGAGUCCUACCAGAAUCGGCAGGCUGGUGCGUCGGGGGUCACCGGGGGCCAGCAAGAGGAUGAAGACAGCAGUGACUCCGAGGCUGCCGACUCGCCCAGCAGUGACGAGAGACGCAUCAUCGAGACCCCCCCACACCGCUAUUAAGGCCUAGGCCCCUCCUCAGACAGAGGGCAAAUUCUGCCCUGCUGGGACAGAGACACCCCCAGAGAGAAAGAGAAGGACAUUCUGAGAGAAGAGAGACCAAGGUGGAGAGAGCUCUUCAGAGUUAUCCUUUCACCUGAAAUCCCAGAGGGCCCCCACUCGUCCCCCACCCCCACCCCCACCCCCACUCUCCCCUCACCAGCGCCCCCACCCCGGGCCUCCGUGCCUGCCGGCCUUUACUCCCCUGUGUGGAAGAUUCUGGCUGCCUCUUCUGCCCACAAUGUCGGCUGCCCCUGUCACUCACCAUGUCUCUCUCUUCCCCCACCAGCCCUGAGCUGUGUUGUGGGCGGAGUUGUCAGUAGCCAGGGCAGCCCCCUGGAUGGCAGCGAAGGAAGCCCUCCUCUCCCCUUCCUGCCCCCUGCCCCUCUGGGCCUCUGUCCCACCUACUCCUGACAAUCCGCCGCCACCUCUGUUUCCAUCUCACUCUGGGUAUCCCUGCUUCCUCACCGUCCCCACUUUCUUCCCUUUUGUCCUCUGUCCCUUCUAACCCUUAUCUGGGGUCCUGUAGCCCUUGCCCCUUCCUACAUGCCCUGGAGGUGGCUAGGUUGUGGGGAUGGGCGCAGGAGUGGGUAUUAUAUAUAAUGUAUAUUUUUUCAUGUUGUCGUGAGCGCAGCCCCUGUGUUCUGUGUGCAGCUCACAGCCUUGUGUGUGCGUGUGGCAUUGUCAUGUCCGGGGGUGGGGGUGGGGAUGGGUGUGGUGAGGGGGGGACAC